AUGUCGUCUGCUCGCAAUAAGCGCCAACGGAAUCAUGUCAUUGUUGAUAGAAUCAGCGACUUGCCUGACUUAAUUUUGUGUCACAUUCUCUCUUUUCUUCCAACUCAAUAUGCUGUGUGGAUAAGUUUACUAUCACAAAGAUGGAAAAAUCUAUGGACCCAUGUCGACACUUUGUACUUCGAUUGCUUUAAUAAAAAGUGGAGAAAACGUAACUUUACCCGAUUUGUUAAUAGGGUUUUGAUGUACCGCAACGCGUUGUUUCUGAACAAGUUGAAAAAGUUCUCCCUUUUGUGGACCAAAAUUUGUGACAAGGAUGAUAUUCAUGCAUGGUUCUUGAAUUGCGAGGCCAAAUACUCAUCAAUUGUCCAGAAAAUAUUUGUCUUCCAAAAUAAAAAAACUCUUAGUCUAAUUACAGUUCAUUAUGAAGGCGGCGAACAUGAUGUUGAUAAGCUUAUAUCUAGUUGUCCCAUGUUGCAAUCUCUUUAUGUUGAAAGGAAGGGGUAUGAUAAUGUGUCUAAGUUUGUUAUAAGCUCUCAUGUGUUGAAAAAUCUCAAGUGGAUGCAUGUAUCAUCCUUAGUUGGAGCAAAUGUGAAUCUUAAAAUUCCAAUGCGACUCUCAGAUGAAAAGAAAGAGCAAAGAGUCAACUCUUUUGCCAGAUUGAUGCAAGCGCUUCACAAAGUUGAGAAUUUACAGAUCGACGUUCCUACUCCCGCGCUUCUUUGCAUAAUGAUCCAUGAACAUUUUUUGUUGCACGUGCUACAAUUAGAUCACAGUUUUUACGGAG